AUGGCGAGGCCACAAAGUCGGCCUUCCUCGAAGGUCAAUUCUCUGCUGAGGGCUGUUCACCAGGAACAGCACCUCAAUCAUUCUGCACAAAACAAAUCGCCAGUGAAAAGUCUAAUAUUUACAUACUGGACGAAGAUGCUCGACUUGCUCGAAAUGGAGCUACGAACACAAAAUUUCAGAUUCCAGCGCAUUGACGGCCAGAAAUCGCUCCAGGAUCGGGCCAUGGCUCUCGAGAUAUUUCACAAAGACCCAACGUGUACCGUAAUGAUCGCCAGUAUUGGAAGUGUGGCCGAAGGGAUUGAUCUUACAGCAGCCAGCUCAGUUCAUAUCAUGGAGCCUCAGUGGAAUCCAAUGCUUGAGGAGCAGUCACUCAAUCGAGCCCAUCGCAUCGGACAAACUCGAGAUGUGAUAGUAAACCGCUACAUUGUCUCUAAUUCUAUUGAGAAGUAA